AUGUUAGUUCUACACAUUCUGCCGAAGAAAGAUUCCCCCGAACACGGUUGGAUGCGUACACUUUCCUCGGUUCAUGGCUUCAUCAGACAGGGUGUACUGCUCGAUAAUGCUCUUGAUAGAUUUGCGGCCGUUACCAAGAACGCCAACGAUCCUUAUACUGUAUAUAGAAACGUUGCGCAGUGGAUUGCACGUGCUACAAACAAGAUCUGUCUCGAGAAGAAUCCGUCGUUUAAACCAUAUGACCUUCGUGUUGGUUCGGGCAGUGAUGUGCCUACUAAUAUGAAGAUUGACCAGGAUACAAUACAGACAGUGGUUCGCACCGUACUAGCUGGGCAGCAGAAUCCACCACUUCUUCAUCGCAAUGAAUCGGCAGUUUUGGUAUCGGGUUUUCCAUCUUCACUUAACGAGUUUGGCAUUGCCCAAUUGUUUCGUGGUCUCAAAGUUACCGCAGUUUCUCUUGAAAGUGACUCUGCUGUUGUCACAUUUGCAACCAAGUUUUUGGCGCUUCAGGCUUGCGCUCUGCAUUCGAAACGGCUUGAUCGUCUUCAUACGCUGCGUGUUGAGCCACUUUUAAUGGAGGUACAAGAGCAACUGGCGUUAACUAAGCUGAGAAAGGGAUAA